AUGAUUACAGAAUUGCCUGGUUUAGCAGUUCAACCUAAUUUCAAGCAAUACUCGGGAUACCUGAAGGCUUCAGGGACUAAGAAAUUACAUUAUUGGUUUGUGGAAUCACAGAGAAAUCCCAAAAGUGAUCCUUUAAUUUUAUGGAUGAAUGGUGGGCCUGGAUGUAGCUCUGUGUUGGGUUUGUUAACAGAGCAUGGGCCAUUUAGAAUCAUGGAUGAUGGUAAAACAGUAUAUUAUAAUAAUGCUAGUUGGAAUCUACUUGCUAAUAUGAUCUAUCUGGAAGCACCUGCUGGCGUGGGCUUCUCGUAUUCUGAUGACCGAAACUACACUAUAAAUGAUGAUCAAGUGGCGAAAGAUAACUACCUCGCUCUCAAAGAUUUCUUCUCGAAAUAUCCUGAAUAUUCCUCUCAUGAUUUUUAUGUAACUGGUGAAAGCUAUGGUGGAGUGUACGUACCAACUCUGAGUGCUCUAGUGGUAGAUGAUACAGAUAUUAAUUUUCAAGGAAUGGUUAUUGGAAAUGGUUUGUCGAACUAUGAACUCAAUGACAAUUCUUUGAUCUAUUUCGGCUACUAUCAUGGUCUUUAUGGAGCUAAAACAUGGCAUGGACUCAUUAAGUCUUGUUGUAAUGGCAACUACAGUGGGCAGUGUAUGUUUACUAAAGGAAGCAGUUCAGAAUGCAGGAAUUAUGUCACUGAAGUGAGCCAACUUAUCUAUAAUAGUGGUCUGAACGAAUACAAUCUAUAUGGGGAGUGUGCUGGUGGAGUUCCCUCUGGCGGUUUAACUUUCAAUCAACAGUUACAGAAAGUAGUUUCCCAUAAUUUUGGUUGGUUAUUUUCAUCAGUAGAACACGUCAAAAAAGAAUUCGAAGCAAACAAAAUAUUGGCUAAGUUGAAUAAACUCCAAUUAGAUCCACCAUGCAUCAAUGCCACCAAUGUUGCUGAUUAUUUGAAUACAGAGCAAACUCGACAAGUCCUUCAUAUUCCCUCUGUGGUUCAGAAAUGGUCAACCUGCAGCGAAGAUGUUAGCGCUCAUUACAUUUCAACCUAUCAAGACAUGUCUGCUGAAUACAUGAAAGUUCUGGCAGCCAAGAAAAGAGUCCUGGUGUACAAUGGGGAUGUUGAUAUGGCAUGUAAUUUCCUAGGUGAUGAAUGGUUUGUAGAGAGAUUAAACCUCAAUGUCGUAGCUGGCAGAAUGGAAUGGUAUUACAUGGCAGCUGAUGACACCAAACAAGUUGCAGGAUUUGUCAAGCAGUUUGAAAAUUUGGAUCUUGUGACAGUUCGAGGUGCUGGUCAUAUGGUCCCUACAGAUAAACCUUUAGCUGCCUUGCAAAUGUUGAACAAUUACUUAAAUAUUAAGAGCUUUCAGUAA